UUCUUCCUUAGGGUUUGAAUUUUGAAAUUGUUCAGUUCCUUCUCUCUCUACCAUUUUUCCCCCUCUCUGUUUCUCUCUCUUCUCAAAUCCGUUCAGCAACGGCCAUUGAUUCUCUUUAGAGCUUCAAGAUCUCCGAAUCGGAUCUCAGAAGAGUUGAAAGCGCCGACGAUGAAUCAGUACCACAUCUACGAAGCUAUUGGACAUGGCAAAUGCUCGACUGUGUAUAAAGGAAGGAAGAAGAAGACGAUUGAGUAUUUUGCUUGCAAGAGUGUCGAUAAGUCGCGGAAGAACAAGGUUCUUCAAGAGGUCAGGAUCCUCCACUCGCUAAAUCAUCCGAACGUACUCAAGUUCUAUGCUUGGUAUGAAACUUCUGCUCACAUGUGGUUAGUUCUGGAAUAUUGCGUUGGGGGUGAUCUCAGGACGUUAUUGCAGCAGGACUGUAAACUGCCAGAAGAAUCGAUCUAUGGUCUUGCCUAUGAUCUUGUCAUAGCCCUGCUAUAUUUACAUUCGAAGGGAAUUAUCUAUUGUGAUCUGAAACCAUCAAACAUCUUACUCGAUGAAAACGGUCAUAUUAAGCUGUGUGAUUUUGGGUUGUCAAGGAAGCUAGAUGACAUUUCUCAAUCUCCUUCCACGGGAAAACGUGGUACCCCGUAUUAUAUGGCUCCAGAGCUAUAUGAAGAUGGGGGGAUCCAUUCUUUUGCUUCUGAUUUAUGGGCACUUGGCUGUGUGCUAUACGAAUGUUAUGCAGGAAGACCUCCUUUUGUGGCAAGAGAGUUUACCCAGCUUCACAAUGAGAACUCCAUUCAAGGUUCAAAAGGCCAUGAGACGCCAGUAAAGGGAACGCCUGGUCGUUCUAAAGCUCAAAAGCUUCCUAGUAAAGCAACUGAGGAAAAGCAUGGAGCUCGUCCUGGUGCUAACAGACAGGUGAAUAUUUUAAGAUUGUCAAGGAUAGCAAAGGCAAAUCUCCAAAAGGAAAAUGAGAAGGAAAACUACAGGAGACCCUUACCUAAUAGCAACGAGAAUUGUGCUGAAGUGAAGAUUGAGAACACUGAUAUGGAACUUGAUUUUGAUGAAAACAAUGAAGAUGAGGGACCUGAUGAAUCAGAAGGAACCGAGAACACCUCUUGUGCACAAAAUGAAAGAGUUAUCAACCAAAAUGAGAGUCACAGAAGACCAGGAGUUAUAAGCAGUAAUGUGCCUGAUGAGAACUCGUCUGCAAAUGAAACACUAACCUCAGUUGAAGCAAGAGAUUGCCAUGAAGAGCAGUCUGAGCCAAUGGACGUGUCAGCUGCGCCACCUAGUGCUAGUCCUCAGCUUAAAAGUCACCGAGGAAGAGAAGUUUCUGGAGUUGGUGUUAAUCAUGACUCAUCUAAAACACCUACUAGCCUCACUGACGUCCUUUGGCAUUUAUCUGAUCUUUCUGUUAGGCCUGUCAUGCCCAGCAGAAAAUCUGACAAAGAAGCAGUGCCUUCUCUCUCAUUCGAAACACCACAGCCUUCUGAUUUUAGUAAGAUGGGAAAGCAAGAAUUAGAACCGCUUAACAAUAAGAUCAUAACGGUUCUAAGUGGAAGCAGUUCUGGCCUGUCAGAGAAACAGAAUUUGAUCAGAUACCUCGAAACAUUGAGUAGCAAUGCUGAUGCAGCCAACAUCCUGACCAACGGACCAAUAAUGCUUGUGCUUGUUAAAGUUUUGAGAUUAUCCAAGACCCCAGCGUUUCGUGUACAAAUUGCUUCACUAAUUGGUUUGUUAAUUCGGCAUUCUACCUCAAUCGAAGAUGACUUGGCAAAUUCUGGUAUUUUAGACUCUCUUACUAACGGCCUCAGAGACAAGCAUGAAAAAGUGAGAAGGUUCUCUAUGGCAGCUCUAGGUGAAUUGCUAUUCUACAUAUCAACUCAAAAUGAGCAUAAGGAUUUCAAACCACCAGAAUCCCCUUCAAAAGAAAUCCGGUCUGCAUCGGGUUGGCAGCUUUCAUUGAAGGAAAUAGCUUCAUCUUUUGUCAAAGGCAGCGCAAGAGAGCAGCAAGUCUGCUUAAAUCUUCUGAACAUGGCUAUGAUUGGAAGUCAUACAUUCACAAGCUUUGGAAGGCAUCUCGUGACAUUGACAGAGGAGAAAAAUCUUUUCCCUAGUUUACUCUCCAUCAUAGAGCAAGGAACGGAAGUUCUGAGGGGCAAAGCUCUUCUCUUUGUUGCAUUUCUCUGCAAACACAGUAGGCGUUGGCUGACAAAUUUCUUCUGCAAUGCAAGAUUUCUCCCUGUGGUGGACAGAUUAGCUAAAGAAAAAGACAGUUAUGUGCAACAGUGUCUUGAGGCAUUUGUGAAUGUCAUCGCCUCCAUAAUACCAGGCUUGCUGGAUACAAUAACCAGUGAUAUCCAACAACUGAUGACAGGAAGACGCCAUGGACCUGUCUCCCCCCUUAACAGUCGAGCUCCUUUAAAGACUAAUGCACACCUGUUCCCUGUGGUUCUUCAUCUUCUCGGAAGCUCUUCGUUUAAGAACAAGAUGGUAACUCCACAAGUCCUAAGGCAGUUGGCAAAUCUUACAAAACUUGUGGAAGCAUCGUUUCAGGGAAGAGAUGACUUCCGCAUAACCCUUCUUCAAGUUCUAGAAUGCAUAGCAGAAGAUGCUCCUCUGGUUGCACAAAAUGCUGAGAUCAUUAUCCGUGAGAUUCUCCCGUCUCUGGCUGGAAUCUACAAUGGGAACAAAGACGGGGAUGCUCGGUUUCUCUGUUUGAAGAUCUGGUUUGAUUCAAUGACAAUUCUCUUAACCGAGUGCACUGAAAUCGAGCAACAAACAUCUGAGGAUUUGAAAUCAAUAUCCAACUCUCAUUUCCUCCCACUCUACCCUGCAUUGAUCCAAGACGAAGAUCCAAUCCCAGCUUACGCGCAAAAGCUCCUCGUCAUGCUCGUUGAGUUUGAUUACAUCAAAAUCUCCAACUUAUUGCAUCAUAAUACAGUUUCACAAUGCUUCGAGUUUCUUCUCGGAGACUUAUCAAGCGCGAAUGUGAACAACGUCAAGCUCUGUCUUGCCUUAGCCUCAGCUCCAGAGAUGGAAAGUAAAUUGCUCUCUCAGCUCAAAGUAGUGAGGAGAAUCGGAAAUCUGUUGGAAUUCGUGAAUGCCAAAGACAUGGAAGAUUUCCUUGAACCCACUUUAAGUCUCUGCAGAGCUUUUCUGCUACGGUCACUUGGGAACAAGAAAGGUCUCAGCUCCAACUACACGAAAGAGCCAAUGCUGUUAUCAGAGACAUCUUUUACAUUCGAGGUCGAUCCACAGGAAUGUAUAAGAGAUAUUGCAGAUUUCGGCAGCAACAUUGGCCUAUUCUUGCACCUAGCGGCUUCAGAUGAUGACACAAGCAUCGGAUUUGCAGAUAUUGCCUCUGAAUGCGUGGUGUUGCUACUUAAAGCGGCAUCGAGAGAAGCCACGACGGGAUUUUUAACCAAUCUUCCAAAGAUCACACAGAUUCUUGACUCGUGGCACAGGAGGAAGAGCACGGAGCAAUACUCGUUGGUUCUGAAAAGGAUAUUGCAUUGUUUAGGUUACGCUUGCAAGCAGUAUCUAUCGCAGGCGAUGAUUUUGUCGCUAUCAGGACACGAUGUCGCUAAGAUCAACGCCGUUGUCUCUGAGAUCAAGAACUCAGAUGUGGCUGGUCUUAAUAGCGUCGCUUCCCUCGUUGCUAUGGAGUUGCAGAGAUUACCUCGUUGAACAAAGGAUUAACGGACAUUGACGCUGUAUGUACGAGGUAAACAAAAUCAAAACCAUGUGACAUUGAGAAUCAAGAUCUAUUUGUCUCUUUGUAAUGUGUAUAUUUCUCUUAAUUACAAUUUUUGUACCACUACAAAACUACUUCCUUAAUAUUAUCUUCUUUUAGAUUUACACA